UUGUAGUGAUUAUGGAUUCGAGCGAUCACACAUGGAAACUGACCGCUGCAUUGCUGACUUCUGGUAUGAUCCAGAUUCACCACCUGAAGACUGCCACCUAGGACAGACCUACAUGUCCAGCACUGGCUACAGGAAGAUGAUAUCUAACUCAUGUGAAGGGGAGUCAAACAAGUAGCAGAGCUCUAAAAAGCACAACUGCCCCCUGCUCGCCCCUAAAGGAUUACGAGUUGGCAUAAAAGGGCAGAUGCUGGCUGUGGCACCUGGGGAUGACAUCACAUUCACUGUCCACCAGGAGCAGGGUGACACCAGCAGCACCAAGUAUCAGGUGGAUCUUGGUGAUGGGGUACGGGCAAUUUACCAGAACCUGACUGUGACUGAUGAACCCAUCCAGCACCGUUAUGAAAAUCCAGGCAUUUACAAGGUCAAAGUGAAGGCUGAGAAUAUGGCUGGACACGAUGAGGCUACCAUGUACAUCCAGGUCACAGCCCCUCUGCAGGAAGUACACCUAGAAGUGGUUCCCAUUGCUGGGAGAAACCAUGAGGUCAAUCUCACUGCUACUGUCCUUCCCAGUGAGGCCAACCUGACUGUAUUUUACUGGUGGAUAGGAGACAGCAUGCAGCCCAUCCUGACUCUGCAGAACAACCUUUUGACUCGUUUCCCAGGAACAGGCAGAGUCUCAGUCACGGUACAGGCCACAAACAGCCGAUCCAUGGUGCAGGACACAAGAACUGUCCGAGUUUACGAUAACUUCCAAGUCAUCCCUCUGAGCUUCAGCAGAAACCUAGACAGAUUCAAUCCAAAUAUCCCAGAGUGGAGAGAUGACAUUGGCCAGGUGGUCACCAAAAUACUGGCUAAGAUUACAGGUGUACCUCAGAAUUCCCUAGUUACUGUGGUCAAACCAGGUCUCCCCACCACUGCCAACCUGUAUGUUCUCCCACUGGACACCAAACCAGCCAAGAGAAGCUUGUUUGUAGAUAAGCGUAUUCCAGCCAUCAUUCAGGUCUUCAACGACAACAACGUCAGCUUUGUGAUACGAGGAGGCCUACAGGUGCUCGUGAUGCUAGCUGACCCAAAUGCAGGCUACCAUGGAGCAGCUGGAAGUGCCGGUGUUUGGACUCUAGCUGUCAUUUUCCUCAUUGGUCUUAUUGCUACUGGCGCCUUUAUCCUCUAUAAGUUCAAAAGUCCUUGGCUUAGGCCUGAGGAUGCAUAUCCCCCAUUGUUUUUCAGGAAGCUUCCAUGCACCCACAACUACGCCCAGAUGCACAGUGUAAAGGAGCAGGAGAUGAUCAGCCCUGUCAAUCACAGUGAGGACACUCAGCAAAUCAUCCAGGGUGAGGAGUACAUCGAUGACGACCUGGACUCACAGACUCUAGGUAACGCAGGAGGUAGCCCCGCCUUCCGUUCCCUAAUAAGGACUACUACUAACCACUGCUACUAAACCCAAGCCACUAACACCAGCAGCUAACACACACCAAGGCACUCAUUCGGGUGUGGUCCUAAACAUGAACUGCAGAGAGCUACACAGUUAGCAGACCAGCUGAUGGCCACCAUGGUAAUGCUGAAGAGCUAGUUGAGGCGAGCCGAGCUGGCUAAUGAGCACAGGGACUCCACUCUGCCUUUUUCCUUCUCUCGUCUUUAGAUUUUCCCUCUCCUCCUCCUCUGUCAGGUCACUCCACUCUUCCAUGGACUCUUCCACUCUCCUGCUUCUGGGUAUUGUGUUAAUUAUUUUGGGGAACUGGCUGACCAUGGUGUUGGGACUCACCCCUUUUUUUGUGCCAGCCCUGGAGACCCUGGACACAAGGGCCAGUGGCUCAGUUUGAAGGCUCAUCUGUACACUGUCUGUCUGAUA